GGGUCUAACGGGCUGCUGCCUCCUCCAAUCGCGGCGAGCAGGGCUUACAAAGCAGGCCGGGAAGGGCCAGGAACCUGUCCAGAGCGCUACACCGCGCCCCCUGCCCGCUGCCCGCUGCCCUGGCCCUGGCCCUGGUCUUGGCCCAGGUCUGCCCGUGGGGGGAACUGAGGGUGCAGGUGUUCCUGGAAACUGGACAUUGCCUACAGGUGCCAAGCACGAGUGUAUAGAGAGCGAGAGCCCAGGCCCUGGCCAGUGAGAUUCCCUCCUGGGGAGACAUGGCUGCUGCGCUGGAGCCCGUGGCAGCCGUGGGCCUCCCCUUCCCAGCGGGAGCUGGAGGAGCAGGACCCAGGAGGUGUGCAGGCAGGGGCUGAGGGUGCAGAAUUGUCUUGUGUCGUCCAGACCAGAGCCGGUCCAGCACCGAGAGCUGUGGGGGCAGGACGCAACACAGGCCAUGCAGCUCCCUUUCGAGGCCGAGCUGCCCUCAGCGACCCCACAGCUGGCAGCGCGGGAUGAGCUCCCCACCCCAGAGCCCUGGCGCCAGCUCUUCCGUGGCCUGCGCUACCGGGAAGCCAAGGGACCAGGGAAGAUUUGCAGCUGCCUGCGGGAGCUGUGCCGGCGCUGGCUGGAGCCCCAGCACCGCAGCAAGGAGCAGAUGCUGGAGCUGGUGGUGCUGGAGCAGUUCCUGGCCAUCCUGCCCCUGGAGAUGCGGAGCUGGGUGUGCAGGUGCCGCGUGGAGACGUGUGCCCAGGCUGUGGCCCUGGCCGAGGGGUUUCAGCUGGGGCAGGCGGAGGACGAGAAGCUCCAGGUCACCGUGCAUGUGAAGGUCGAGGAGGGGUCCUCAGACAAGAUGCAGCCCCUGGGAACCCUGCCGGAGCCUGGCGAUUCCUGGGGGCAGCAGCCAAAUGCCCAUGGUGAGGACAGAGGGCCCUGCCAGAGUUUGCUGUUUCCCAACACAGAGCCAGGUGCUGGGACCCUGAGCAGAGCUGAUCAGCAGCCUCCCAAGGAAGGGCCUGUGAACCUGGAGCCGCAGAGACCCUCCCCAGGGAGACCGGGACAGAGCGGCUCCAUGACUCCUGGGCCGGGCCAGCUGCACGAGGGGCAGGGCAGGCCGGCGAAGCAGGGGGAGAGCAUGGAGCUCCGGAAGGUGUUUGAGGCCGUGGCAGUGUAUUUCACACGGGAGGAGUGGGAGCUGCUGGAAGAGGAAGACAAGGGGCUUUACCAGGACCAGAUGCUGAGGAACCACCAAGCCCUCGUUUCCCUGGCAGGAUAUCGAGGCCCUGCCCCUGACUUGAUCUGCCGCAUCCAGCGAGGACAGGUGGAGCUCUGGGUCCGUGAUGAUGAGGACCGUGGGGAAAUGCGGAAGUCAGAGGACAUGCUGCCAGGACAUGCCUGGUUGCUGAGCAGAACUGAGGAGCAGGCUCCUGAGGAAGGGCCUGGAAAGCUGGAGCCACCAUGGGCUUCCCUGGGGAGUAUGGGUGAGGUGGAUUCCCUGAGCCCAGCGAAGGACCAGUGGCACAAGGGCCAGGGGAUGCCCCAAAAGCAGGAGAAUGUAGCAGUGAAUGUGGUCCCAUCUCUAGUUGGGCGUUGGAGUGAAGAGGGGAAAGAAGCCAGAAAAAGGCCAAGGUGCAGGGAUGAAUAUGUCAUGCUGAGACACCUGAAGAGGCAGAAAGCAAAGGUGCACUGCAGAGAGGCACUGCAUCCAAGGCAAGACAGUGUGGGGGGCCUCAGAGGGAAGCAGGAACUCACUGCCAAGACCAGGUGGAGAGCCCACUCCUGCCCUCAGUGCAGGAAAAGGUUUAGCUGCCCCUCGCGCCUGGCUCUGCACAAGAUAAGGCACGCUGGGGAGAAGCCCCAUGUACACGCCACGUGUGGGAAGAGCUUCGCCUGCCUCUCGACCCUGGCUGCUCACCACCAGAUCCAUUCUGGACAGCUCCCCCACCGCUUCACCGAAAGGAGGAAGAGCUUUGUGCUGCUCAAAACCCAGGAUGUGCACAGGAAGAAGCGUCAGUACUGCUGUGUCACAUGUGGCAAGAACUUCACCCAUUUCUUCUCCCUGGUUCAGCACCGGCGCAUGCACUUGGGGAGGAAGACACACCACUACAAAGAGUGCAGGAAGAACUUCAUUAGCUGGCAAGGCCUGUCCCAACACCGGUGUUGGCGAAGGAGGCAGCAGCCACAUAACUGCACAAAGUUUGGGAAGAGAUUCAGGCAGCCCUCCAGCCUGGCCAGGCACAGGUGCAUGCACACAUCGGAGAAGCGUCAUCCUUGCUCUGUGUGUGGGAAAAGCUUCAUCUCCUCUUCCAAGCUGGCCCAACACCAAGUUAUCCACACAGGGGAGAAGCCACAUCAGUGCACUGCAUGUGGGAAGAGCUUCACCCGCUCCGCCACCCUGGCCCAGCACCAGCGCAUCCACACAGGGGAGAAACCAUAUCAUUGCUCUGUGUGCGGGAAGAACUUCAGUUGUUCUUCCUCCUUAGCCAGCCACCAGCGCAUUCACACGGGAGAGAAGCCACAUCAGUGCUCUGACUGUGGGAAAAGCUUCAGUUAUUCCUCCAACCUGGUCCGGCACCAGCGUGUCCACACAGGGGAGAAGCCAUAUCUGUGCUCUGUGUGUGGGAAGAGCUUCAGUUAUCCCUCCGAGCUGGCCCGGCACCAGCGCAUCCACACGGGAGAGAAGCCACAUCAGUGCUCUGAGUGUGGGAAAAGCUUCAGUUCUUCCUCCCACGUGGCCCAGCACCAGCGCAUCCACACAGGGGUGAAGCCAUAUCAGUGCUCUGAGUGUGGGAAGAGCUUCAGUUAUUCCUCCGACCUGGUCCGGCACCAGCGCGUCCACACAGGGGAGAAGCCAUAUCAUUGCUCUGAGUGUGGGAAGAGCUUCAGUUAUUCCUCCCACCUGGCCCAGCACCAGCGCAUCCACACAGGGGAGAAGCCAUAUCACUGCUCUGAGUGUGGGAAGAGCUUCAGUUCUUCCUCCCACCUCACCGAGCACCAGCGUAUCCACACAGGGGAGAGGCCAUAUCAGUGCUCUGAGUGUGGGAAGAGCUUCAGUUCUUCCUACCAACUGGCCAAGCACCAGCGCAUCCACACAGGGGAGAAGCCAUAUCAGUGCUCUGAGUGCAGCAAGAACUUCAGCCAAUCCUCCAGCCUGGCUCGGCACAAGCGCAGUCACACAGGGGAGAAGCGAUAUCAGUGCUAAGAGUGUGGGAAGAGCUUCACCUAAUCCUUCCACCUGGCCAAACACCAGCAUGUCCACACAGGGGAGAAGCCACAUCAAUACUCUAAGUGUGGGAAGAGUUUCAGCAUUCCGUUCAACCUGGCCUGACACUGACGCAUGCACAAAGGGGAGAAGCCACAUCACUGCUCUUGGUGUAGGAAGAUGUUCUCCUACUCCUGCAGCCUGUGCUGAACACCAGUGCAUCUACACAGGGGAGAAGCUACAUCAGUGCUCUGAUUAUUGGAGAAGCUUCACCCAUCUCAGCACCCACCAGUGGUGCAUUCAAACCAGCUCCCUCAUGCUGGUGGCCUGCAGAAAGCGUUCCCCCAGGCUUUGCCCCUUGUAGGAAACUGUGGGAGACCAGAGCCCAGAUGCUGGCCCCCAACAUAUGCUUGGGGGUGGGGGCUAAGAGGAAACACCUCAGGCAGAGGUCAGCCCCAAUGUGGGGGGAGGAGACAAUGAGGAGAUGAUCUUGGCAUCAGCCUUGGCGCCUGUGCAUUCCCCAUCGUUCUCUAACAGUAUUCCCAGGGGAAGAAGUGCCUUCACGCCAUGGUGCCCUCUCCCCGAUGGCUGACUUCAGAUGACACCUGGGGACUUCCCUUGGCUGCCUCCAAGAUUUCUCCUUCCUCCUGGUCGAGGGGUUCUGGUAGAUGAGCCCCUGAGUUGCAGGGAGGAGUGCAUUUAUGGCUGGGAAAGCAUUCCCUACAAUAGUCCCUAACCUCACCUUUCCUCACCUCCCCAUCACCCCUCUUCCAGACCUGCCCAUGCCCAGUGGGGUCUGCAAUGAGCUGCCACCUCCGGAGUCUUUUUGGCUUGUUUUGCUCUUCAGCCUCUGUAGAAGUGUGCACCACAGGGGGCGUGCUGCUCCCCUGACCUCCUCCCCUUUGUUGUAUUCUCUCUCAUGCAUUCCCCGCUACUAAAACCCCAGAAUUGGGCAUGGCA